AGCCUACAACUUGUAGUUUCAGUUCAAAUUGUAAACUUCGUUUUCUGUGUAAAACCAAUGACGUGAAUUGAAAUGUACCUUCUACGGGUGUGCAACAGUCUAAAUGUUCCUACAACAGUGUUUUUUUAAUUUUCAUUUCAAUAGCUUACAAGAACUAAAAACAAAACAAUYUAUGCCGAUUGUAUUAAUCAACAUCAAAUACAGGAGAGUUUCGGCUGCAGUGAUCGACAUCCGUAGGUGAUAGCUAGAGAAGGGGGGCAGAGUGGUAAUCUCCACAUACCACGUGAGUUAAAUCGUAUCUUGUCCAAAAACGAUGCUUAAUUGUUGGCGUGGGUUUUUUAUUCAGAAAAUAUGUCUACUGAAUUGGAUUAACCAAAUAGUCAUAAACGGUGAAAUCCAAGACRWACUCAGCAAUCUCACGUCAUAUAAUAUACCAAAUGAUAACUUUGCCUACUGCAGCAAAGGAUUCAUGUCGUCGCGGUUUUCGUGAACCCAAAGAUUAGAGUCUACUACUUCUACUAAAUGAGAUURCACCCAAACGAAAUAUGGACUUGGACUGCACAUCUUCACCAUCAACUACAACACCGUCGACUCUGCAGGUAACUAACAGGGCCAAACGGCCAAACUUGUUGCAUAUGUCCAAUAUCGGAUAUAAUAGCAGCGUCGAAGAYCGUCACAAUACCGAACAAAARGACGCCCUUCUGCUGUCUUCUAUGACCGACGAUGCAUUGCUGUCUCCCGACCCCGACGCAGCCACCGCAGAUGUCGACUACCCUGCAAUCCUGGCCAAUGGACARCGGAUCACAAUUUCAGUGGCUAAACACAACACGAGAAAGUCGCAUCUGUCGUCGCCGUCGGUGUAUCGGAAGGCCAAACGGAGAGCUCUGUACAAGAAUGGCGAGUGCAACAUCGUCCUGGCAAACGUGUCGAAACUUCGACGGCGGUACAUGCAGGACCUGUUUACCACGCUGGUGGACGCACGAUGGCGAUGGACCCUGUGCGUGUUCAUCAUGAGUUUCCUGCUCAGUUGGCUCGCUUUCGGCAUCAUCUGGUACCUGAUCGCCUUCACUCACGGUGACUUGACGCCCGAGAACAUCGACAACCCGGCGUGGUCGCCUUGCGUGAUCAACAUGAAAACGUUCAUGGCCAGCUUCCUGUUCAGCGUGGAGACGCAGCAUACCACGGGCUUUGGUUACCGGAUGGUCACAGAAGAAUGUCACGAGGCCAUAGUGUUYUUCUGCUUCCAGAGCAUCGCCGGUUUGAUGAUCCAAGCGUUCAUGGUGGGCAUCGUGUUCACGAAGAUGGCACGCCCGAAACAACGCAGCCAAACGAUCAUGUUCAGCAAGAACGCGGUUAUAUGCCGAAGGGACGGGCAGCUGUGUUUUAUGUUUCGCGUUGGUGACAUGAGGGAAAAAUCGCAUCUGAUCGGCACCACGAUCCAAACCAGACUCAUACGAUCCCGAGUCACACCGGAAGGAGAAACGUUAUCGCCUCAUGUUACGUAUUUGAAAAUAAACAUAGACGACCACGACGAACGCGUAUUCUUAAUGUGGCCGACCGUAGCCGUUCAUAUAAUCGACAAGGACAGUCCACUGUACGGGCUAAGCGCAGCCGACCUGUUGAACGAGAGAUUUGAAAUAAUCGUGAUCCUGGAGGGCACCACYGAGUCUACAGGGCAGACUACGCAGGCGCGUACAUCUUACACGGCGUCCGAAGUCCUAUGGGGCCACAGGUUUCGGCCUUUGGUCAAAUAUUGCAAGAAUAAAAUGAUGUACGAAGUCGACUACUCGCAGUUCAACGAAGUGUUCAAUGUCGACACUCCACUGUGCAGUGCUAAAGAUCUAGAAACGUACUUGAUAGUCAAUGAGCCGAAAGUCGUGAUAUGAUUCACUAAUCAUUAUAUUACCUAUAUAUUAAGAUAAUGCAAACAUAUACAUAUUCGCUCGACUUUUAUUUUUCUAUGACUGCGAAAGCGAUGAAUCUUUACUUGAUUAGUAAAAUUUAAACACCAUUGUUGACUUGAUUUUUUUUAACAUAAAAAUUGMUGUAAAUUUAAUUUUUCUAAU